CCGUGGUGGCGCGCCCGUGCUUCUGAGCAUCGCUUGGAGAAUAGGAGAGGAGCGACAGAGACAGAGAGCUGUACCGCACCAAGUGUCCACCGAAUGUCUGCCCCUUCACGUUGCCAAUGAAUAAUCCUCGCAUUCCUAUGUCUGCCAGUUGACAUACUGAACGCCAAAGACCAGGCUUCCACCUCUGAUUCAGGAGUCCUAUAGCGGGCUGCGUGUUUUUUCAGGAGCACCUGACAUUUCCUGUGGCAAAUUUACUUACUGGAUCAUGGCGCAGACCAACAGUGGUGGGCAGGGGACCAACGGGGUAGCGGAUGAGUCCCCCAACAUGAUAGUGUACAGAAAGAUGGAGGAAGUAAUAGCACGUAUGCAGGAUGAGAAAAAUGGCAUCCCAAUCCGAACAGUGAAAAGUUUUCUAACCAAGAUCCCAAGUGUUUUUUCAGGUUCUGAAAUUGUACAGUGGAUGAUCAAGAAUCUGGACAUCGAAGAUCAAGUGGAGGCUCUUCACCUAGGAACUCUGAUGGCUGCACAUGGUUACUUCUUCCCCAUCUCAGACCAUGUCCUCACUCUCAAAGAUGAUGGCACUUUCUAUAGGUUUCAGACUCCAUACUUCUGGCCAUCAAACUGCUGGGAACCAGAAAACACAGACUAUGCUGUUUACCUCUGCAAAAGAACAAUGCAAAAUAAAGCACGUCUGGAGCUUGCAGACUAUGAAGCGGAGAGCCUAGCAAGGCUACAGAGAGCUUUCGCCAGGAAAUGGGAGUUCAUUUUUAUGCAAGCAGAAGCACAAGCGAAAGUGGACAAGAAAAGAGACAAAAUUGAGAGGAAAAUUCUCGACAGUCAGGAAAGAGCAUUCUGGGACGUGCACAGACCAGUGGCAGUAGGGAUGCACUGCACAGUGUGA